ACCUACACAGGAUGAAUGGCAGCACGGACUUCUGUGUCUGUGAGGUGCCAGGCGUGGUCUAAGUGCGCCACAUACCCAGUUCACCUCAUCUUCACAAACCCCCAUGAGGUGAUUUUCAAAGCCAAGUCAAAGUACUCUCCGGAGCUACUCAAAUACCGGUUACCCCUCUACCUGGCCUCCCUCGUCAUUAGUCUCGUCUUCCUGCUGGUGAACUUAACCUGUGCUGUGCUGGUGAAGACCGGGAGCGGGGAGAGGGAGGCCGUCGUCUCCGUGCGCGUGGCCAUCAACGACACGCUCUUCGUGCUGUGCGCCGUCUCUCUCUCCAUCUGUCUCUACAAAAUCUCUAAGAUGUCCUUAGCCAACAUUUACCUGGAGUCCAAGGGUUCCUCCGUGUGUCAAGUGACCGCCAUCGGUGUGACCGUCAUCCUGCUAUACACCUCCCGAGCCUGCUACAACCUGUUCAUCUUAUCGUUUUCUCAGAGCAAGAACGUCCGUUCCUUUGAUUACGACUGGUACAACGUGUCAGAUCAGGCCGACCUGAAGAAUCAGCUGGGAGACGCUGGCUACGUCGUGUUUGGAGUGGUCCUUUUUGUGUGGGAGCUUUUACCUACCACCUUAGUCGUUUACUUCUUCCGUGUUAGAAAUCCUGCAAAGGACCUUACCAGCCCUGGAAUGGUCCCCAGCCAUGGAUUCAGUCCCAGGUCCUACUUCUUUGACAACCCUCGAAGAUACGACAGCGACGAUGACCUUGCCUGGAACAUUGCCCCUCAGGGACUUCAGGGAAGUUUCACUCCGGACUACUGUGACUGGGGACAACAAACUAACAGCUUCCUGGCACAACCGGGAACUUUGCCACCAGACUCAGUUUUGGAUCCUGACAAACCAAGCCUUGGGUAGCACCAGUUAAGAGUUUUGUGGAAGACGCCUCAGUUGGAAGCUUCUAAAAGUUUCAGAAAGACUAACUUAAUGACAGCUGAACUUUUAGGGCACUUUCCCUGACAAAAGUGGACUUGAUUUUUAUUUGUUACAGCCAUUUCUAAUGGCUCCAAUAGGACUAAGCAAUAAUAACUUAGAUUGAUAAAAACUUAUUUUAGUACUAAAACGGGAGCCUGGAUGCCUAUCUCAGUGGGUAUAAUUUAAACUUUAAGAAGUUCUGUACUUUUAUAAAGAUGUAUUUUAUAUAACUUAAAUAAUAAUGCUAAAAUAUACUAGGGGUUGAGAAUGUUAUUGCAAUAUGUGUUCUAGUUUGCACAGACUUUUAUGCAUAAUUCACUUUAAAAGUAUACAGUAUAUGGUCUGAAGGUUUUUCAAGGCUUUUGGACUAAAGUAUUCCUCAAAUCCUUACCUCUUCAGGUCACUCAGAUUCUGAGCUCCGUGCUGGUAGACUCCAAAUACAGCUCCAGUGUUGAAAGGUAGAAUGUCAACAGAUCACAUACGAGGUAACCGGCUCCUUCAAGUUCAUUAAGGCCCAGAGAGUCGAUCCCUCCAAGAAUCUUCUCAGUUUUGCUAAGUUUGGUACUCCUUUUCAAAAGGGUGCUAAUGUAUACACUCCAAUGAUAAGGUUAAAAAUGUUGAGAGUUGUUGAUUGAACUUACAUUCUUAAAACUCCUCUGCUAUCUUUCGAGAUUUUGCACAGUUUUUCAGCAAUGAAGUCUAAUACCCAUUACAUCUCAGGACUUCGGCCAGACAGCACUUUCCCAACUCACUGACUGUUCACUACAUGCAAGGAACAAAGGCGGCGUUCUCGAAAGGGGAUUAAGAAUAAAUACGCCUGGCCCUGGAGCUAAGAGACUGUAUGGAAUCCUAACAGUUUCCCUUUAAUUCCCAAACAUAUUUAAAACAAUGCCCUUUAUUUUAAAAUAGUUCUGAAAGCAGCCCACUAGGAGCUGCGUGUUUAAAAUGGGAAAAGCACUGCCAUAUUCUCUAGCAUGAUUUCUCUUAGUCACGUAAACGGGCAGGUUCCAGACAACCGCUUAUAAGCCGUCUUUCAUUUAAGCGAAACACUUGUCAUGAAAUACUAGUUCCCCCGACACAAGUGCCGUUCUGACACCUCCAAGAGAUAUGUAAACAGUAUAUAUAAUAUAUUCUGCAAUUGUAACACUGCCUGUAACAGGAGACUGGCCCUCUAAAGAGGUUCAGUACUCUGAUUUUCUAUGAAACAGCGGUAAGGUACCAGAGCAAGUACUGUUUGCAGAGAGAAAGUCCUCGGCUCUGCCGGGAGUCUCAUGGCUUGGGACAGUGAGGGCAGGUGGGAGGAACUUCUAUCAGGAAGUUGUACCUACAUGACGAAGUCCCUCUCAGAUGAGAUUUCCCGCUUUGGUCUUUAGGGAUCAUUUAUCUCUGGGUGCUGAUUUCAUAGAGAUCAAGUCUACUUCUCUUAUCUUGAUGGUAUUUAAAAUGGGGCUGUCAGGUUCUGCGUGGUCAUGACUGGGGUUUUCAUUUUCACUCUGCAUCAUCGCACGUAACAUUCUCGCCUUUCAGUGUGGAGGAAUUUGGGUCACGUAUCACUUAAAAUAGUUACUUUCAGGGGAAAUUCUACACUGAAGCAAAAUUUGCACUGAUUUUUCAGGUUGCCUUAAGAUAUUUUAAGUGUUAAUCUAAACAGCUCUAGGAACACCCUGACUUGUCACUCACUUGUCACAGUUUUUUUUGUUACGAAUACUUAGGAGACUUUAAAGGCAUACUCAACAUAUGCUUAAAACUCCUUCACAUCAGGCUUUCAGAAAGUACUGCAUUCUUCAGUAUUAGCUCAUUCCAGGGUAGAUAUAUUUUUAAAUACGGUGAUAAAAAUAUCACUAAAACCAUGCAAUUAUUAUACGUAUCCUAUGAUGUAUAAACACUUUUAUUAUUAUUGUUAUUACUGGCAGGAAAAUUGAAAUACCCAGCAUUAACUAGUAAAAGCUGUAAUCUAUUUUUAUGAUAAAGCUGCUAGUAUUUAUUUGAACUAUUUCUUAUUGGGAAGGAUAAAAAUGUUCUAAGUGCCUGUUUUUCUCUUCAUCCCCUUUUUAAAAAGUAAUGCUAAAGCACAAACACAUCUAGACUAUUAAGAACUAUGUAUCAAACUAUCUUUGUCUGUAGUAAACAAUCAUGUAUAUACCCUGUGAAAUGUUGCCAGUAUGGAUGGAAAGGAAAAUGCAAAUUUCCUUUAGCUUCUCCAUUUACCUGUGCUGCUAAGUACACUAACCAUGCGACUUUUAUGUGAAAUAUUAAAGGCUAAGAGAAAUCAAGGAAUGGUGAUUACUGGUUCUAAAGUUCCCAGAUGUCCUCUUGUUUUAAGGAAGCAUAAUGAAAUUAAUGUUAAAACUUGAUGGGGAAUAGUCAAUAGCCCUGGAAGUUGUUUACCUCCAUGUAAGUGUGACUCAGCACUGAAAGGCUUCCGGCAUCUACCGGAAAUGCACAGAGACAAUUAACUGCCGAAGUGGGCACCUCAGAAAUCCAGUGGGUUUGUGUAGCCAUCUUUCAUUGGCUCUUUUUCCUUUUUACAAUUAGCCCAUUUAAUUGAGCCAAUGAUUAAGGCGUCUGGAGCGUACUACACACACUGUGAGCAGCUCUGAUUCUCGCAGUGUACGUAUCAGCCACAGUUCUGUCCAUUCUUACUUGAGUAGAUCAGGCGUGGCGUUAGUAACUGUGCAGGCACCACAUCUGGCUGUGUAGAUCGGGCACAGUCACUGGUGCAGCCCCAGGUUUCCUCUUUUUACCAAAAUCUGAAGAACUGCUUUUUGGUGGCCUUGCUCACUUAACCCCUAUUAAGAGCAAAGGAAUAAGCAUUAGUAAACCCCGGAGCAUGAGAAGUGCUUUGAGAAAAAUUCCCAUUUAUAUAGUUACAUAGUGCUUACUAGAAUAUUGCUUUUAGUUUUUAGCAAUAAAGGUGAACUUACAUUAGAACUCAGUGGAUCUAAAUAUUGGGUUGUCGGAAAAGUCAUGACGUAUUUUUUUCUGUUUUUGUUGCAAAAAUGCGUCAUUGACUUUUCCGACAACCAAUAUUUGAAACUUUGUAAAGAUUUCCAACUAAAGAAACUCGGUUAAAAAAAUACUUUUUCCCUUUAGAUUACCACAUGGUAAAGUAUCAGACUAGGUCUGAUUAAAGACAUAGCUAAUAUGCAUUUCCAUUUUUUAUCCCAUGUGAGAAUUUUAAUUAAAAACAUUUCGAACUGCAUAAUGCUACUUAAGACUUCUCAUGGUCCAGAGGGAGGAGCUGUUGGAAAGAAUCAGGCUAAAAUAAUGGAAUUCUCAUCAAAGACUAGAAAUGAACUGAUUAAAGUGAGGAAAGGGACAGAGAGGCUAAGGGAGUGGGAACCAGCCAGUGUGUGCCGAGUUCCUGUUAUAUGACAGAUACAGGCUCGGGACUUGGUGUCUUUGGGGCCCUCCCAGUCCACAAAUGCAGCAGCGCCCUCCCCUUCACCCUACGCUUGCCCGUAGCAGGGUCUCUGAGGAGCCCCUGCACCAAAGGGUCACCAAUACCUUGAAGUCUGCUAGUGAUGUCCUUGUGCCUCCAACUUCAAUCUGCUGAUUCCCCAUCCCUGUCGCCCAGCUCCUCUGGGCCCGGGCACUGAGGGUGGGUUCAUUCUGUGUGAGGUUCUGAGACUUGCUGCCCAGGUUUGUCAAGUCCGGGCUCAGGCCUCAGACCAAAUCCAGUGACUCAACAGCACCUAGUGGUUCCUACCUGGUCCCUACAAAGGUGGAUUCCUUACCUCCGUUCCUUGACCUGUGGCAGGGACCCAUCCUGUAUCUCCCCAGAAAUUGACUAUACCUUUUUGCCAGCAUUCCUUCUUGAGCCCCAAAGCUGCCUGGCCUGCCCUGCCACUCAGCAUAUUAGACUGUCUCUAGAAGACCUGCCUCUGAGCUUUAGCCUGGUCAGAACUCGAGCUCAGAUGCCAGCUCCCCUCAGCGAGCUCUGUGACUGGCUUCUCUUUAGCCUACAGGAGCCACACAACCCCUCCUCCUCUACUGCCCGGUCACUAGGUCCUUUUCUUGACUCUGAAUCUGUUUCUCAUGAACAUUGUUAACCUACAACAGCCCCUCCAGUCUCCUUGCAGUUCCAAGUCCUGGAAGGCAGUAACUGAGGCAUCAAAGGGUACAUUUGGCAUAAACAAGCAGUGCUUUACCAGGGCCACGCGAUUUGUGUCACUGGUAUAGUCUGAAGAAAUCCACAUGGAAAGUUAAAUUGUAUCAGAAUACUACAUGGCGAAUGCUCACUCUGCUUUGACCAAAGGGUGUUAGGGGGACGAUUUUAAUUAAUUUUAAUCAAUCUGUGACAACUUGCUGGCACUGUCAGGCAGACACAGAUUCACCUUGCGGGCACCUUCUCAGCUAGAUAGGUUUCUAUCUUAGCUUUUCCUCUUCAACUGAUAGACUCUCUCUCUCUCAGUGCAUUCUCACUGUAAAUGAGCUGUAACCUAGUCAGGUUAUGGAAUUCGUCAAUUCCACGCUGGCCGGGAUCCUUGUCUGUCUGUUCAUGCUGCAUCUCCAAGCCUGGAACGGAAUGAGCCGUCAGACCCUGCUCUUUGGGUAGACCUCGCUUUUAAGGUGACUUGUGGCACUUUUAUCCACCGCAUAUUGACUUUAUAGGUUGCAUACUAAUUUCAGGGCCCCUAUUUUUUUUAUGAAUCUUUGACAGAAAUCCAGCUUUUGGACAAAGAAUUCAUGAUGGAAUAAAAAAAAUAUGGAUUCUCUAUAUAGUUCUCAAAUUAUUCUUAGAGGCUAAGUCUUAAAAUGGAAGCUGUGAGAUAAAAUUCUGCCCACCCAGGCACUACACAUCCUGCCUCUGUUUGCCCUCACCUGUUUAGCACUGGCAAAUAGAAUACAGAAAUAAUUAUCACAACAGGCAGUAAAAAGUAGGUCUGUAUCAGGGAAGUAUCAGAUUAAAAGACCAGUGACACAUUAAAUGGUGAAAAGUACAAUCCUUGAGAGAAGACACUGAGUCGGGUAGAGUUUUAGCAGGAUCCAUUAUGUUAAAGGAUUUUUUUUUAAGCUCAUAUGGAAUAUACAACAACAGCUAAAGAGAAUUGUUAAAAAAAAAAAAAA